CAGAAUGUCGUCCGCACCGCCCGUUCCCAAGGCGUCCCUCUACUUCUACAAACAGUCUGUCUGGGCGUCCGUCCCGCUGCUCGCGCUAGAAGAGAAAGGAUACGGUACAGAUGAAAUAGAUCUGAAGGAGGUCGAUCUCUCAAAGGGCGAGAACUUUACUCCCGCUUAUCUGCGAAUCAAUAACAAUGCGACGGUGCCGACAUUGGUCGUGCCACUUGAGAACACGCUAGACCCUGAAAUUGAGAGCCGUUACAAACCUCUUAGGGACACCAAGUCUAUCGUUGAAUUCUUGGAUAAGUCUCGCUCACUUCAGUCUCGUACGCACAGCACAUCCACCGCCCCUGCCCCAUCACUGGCGCCCGCUACCAUUGCCUUCUCUUCCGCAUCGAACAAGAUCAUCGAGCUUUUGCAUUCCGAGGCAGGAGACCCCAACGCUCUCAUGUUCAUGAAUGCGCAGGACGAUGAACAGCUGGAGAGGCUUACUGAGUCGCUCAAACCAAUCCUUAUCGCGAAAUGCGAUGCACUUGACAAGCUCAUUGAAGAGAACAAGCAUGCAGAGGUUAAGGUAUCUGAGAAGACAGCGAGGUUCUGGGAGAUGAAACGCGUUGCGACAAGCAUGAUUCUCGAUGUCCUUGAGGAUGGCGAGAAGCCUACAUCGGAAGUAGAUGACGAAGCAAAGGGAAAACGCGGAGAGUACUUCAAGGCCGCAGCGCAGGCAUGGGGAGGCCUGCAGGAGGUGCUCGUUCAACUUUCCAAAGAGAUAAUAGGGCCAUAUGCGCUCGGCGACCAAUUAUCGAUCGCCGAUCUUCAUCUUGCUGCCUGGCUUGCCCGUAUUGCCAUGCUGUCCGGUGCGCAGACUACCGAUGACGGCGGCGCGGUUAUAUCGAAGAUUGAGGAGCACGUUGGAGAAUCCUUCAGUUUGCCGAAGGACUUUUCCGUCGCGGAAGCCAGGAGGCGCGCAGGUCUGCCUGCCUCGAACGUCCCGCCCACGGAACGUCAGGCUCGCCUCGCUGCGUUCUGGGACGCUGUUAAGGAACGGCCCAGCUGGAAGAAGGUCUAUGCGGAUGGUCUGCAUUAGUCGGCCUCCAGGUUGGUUUGGACCAUUGAAUAGGAAUAAUGGGCGUGAAGAUACAACACAAUACAUAUCAUACCUGCGCACUUUGCCGCCGAGCCUAGGUUUGCUCAUGUGCAGCAAGGCGCCUCAGCGGUGUUCGGACCCGGUGGUACUGGGACAUGUGGCCUGACAACCCUUUGGGC